CUACCAAUGAGAGAAUAGUUUUGUAGAAGCUCAAUUACUAGGGCCCACCGCUUCGGCGUUUCGGACAAAACUGAGAUCCGUGAUGUGGCCCGAAGGAACGGUCGCACCUUCAGCUCCUCUCCUUGUCAUUAUGCCCCUCUGAUCGGGCGUCGUCACUCUGCUUGUUCAACCCCGCACCUAUGGGUGACAAGCAUGCACAUGCUUGCGCCAUCCAAGUGUCUACUCCUUCCUUAGGAGCAGUCUGGACGCCGGAAACUUGACCUUUGACAGCACGUGACUGGUCUCCCAUCUCAACAUGCCGUCAGAUGAACCCGCAGCUCUGCGGAACUGCAUCAGCUGCAAGGAGCGCAAAGUCCGUUGCGACCGCCGUCUUCCUUGUUCCAAUUGCACAAAAGCUGACCGGGACUGCGUUUUCCCAACCACUGGCCGAAUCUUGCGACAUCCCCGGCGCAUGAGGUUGGAGGAUGUGGUAAACCAUCUGCAUGUUUGUGAAUACCGUAAGAACUCACGAGAUUGACCGCGCCCUGUGGAUCCGUUUCUGCUGGUUUCUGAUCUAUGAUUGGCAGGCUGCAAAUAAAGAUCUGACAUUUCACUAAGAGCCUCUAGACGAAUGAGCGUA